AACGCACCAUGCCAAAGUAAUUUUUGCACAGAACUCACAGUAAGCACUCGAGAACAGGGUUUCAGGCUGUCCCAGUCACGUGUACAGGGGGGCGCAACUACACCCAUAGAAGAGACCAGUUGUUGUGGGUCUUGAAUUGUCAAUUUACAUAAUCAUUUUCUCCCGUAUAUUGUUUUUUCACCUCAACAAAUAUUGUCAACUGGAAAUUAGUCACCCUGUAGCUUUUUGUUCAACUCUCUUUGUACAAAUUAACAAUCAUGUGGAAACUUGGACAAAUGUCAACCUGAUUGUGCUUUAGUCCUGACUGGCACUAAUGCAAUCUAAAGCUUUCACAGGAUCCAUGAAGGAGAUACUCCUAUAUAUUUGUAGAUAAACACGUUGCUUUACAUUUUGCGUUGCUGAAUCACAGUUGCCUUCAACAUUCUAUCUGUCGUUCUGAAGAUUUAUGCAGUUCGUAAACGGGUGGUUUCCCCGCAGUUUACAUUUCAACCUGUACUUUUUGCUGAAGAAGGAGAAGCUCAGGCGUUUGGUGGGAAUCCGAGACCCCAUGCGUCUUGGACAAUGGGGGUCACUGUAGUCUGGUUACGUUGCUUGUAUACACAGUGACUGUACUUGGAAAAGUGGAUGGAAAUUAUUCUUCAAAGCUUGCAAAUAACAUCGACAGCAUGAAACGGCCAAAUUUUCACAUUUAUAGCACAUGCUAAAGCCUGUCCUGGAAGGGACAUAAUCGUCAGCUCAUGACAUAGCAUAAUAAAAUUUAACAGUUGGAUUUAAAAUCGUUUAUUUUCUGUCCUGGACACAAUGAAGAACAGUACAGGAACCACUCUGGACCUCAGCUUUCUAACAGAUGAAGAAUAUGAGAAGCUCAUAGAUGUCCUUCACAGAGAUGCCGAACUGCAGCGGAAAGAGAGUGAUCGACUCAGCCGCCUGCAGGGAUCUUUGAAAGAUGAAAAGAAAAAGAAAUUUGUGACAGGUGCCUGGUUUCAUGAUAUAAAGUCUAAGAGAUUUCAAGAGGAUUUGCAAGGACCUGAACUUUUACGAGCAUCGAUUCGGAAGAAGAAGAAUCCAGCAAACUAUGAAGAUCAUGGAACUGCAGGUGCGACCAAAGAACGAAAGACAAACUUGUUCUCAAAACCUGUUGUGGAUCAAAGAGAUACGAGUGUUAGUAACAGCGAUACAGAAAUAUUCACAUCUACGGUUCAGCUACAAUCAAAGUCUUCAUUCGUUCAAGAACCAUCUGAGAAGGGCAGAAACAUUGCUGAGAUCUCACCUGUGGACAGUGUGGAUGGUUUAAAUGAAGGUGAUUCAAACUUGGCUACUGCUAUGUCGGAUCCACUUAAAAAGGCAAGAAGUAAUCAGCUGCCGCAUGCAACCACAGAUUUGCAACAGUAUGAUGACAGCAACCCUAAAUAUGCUCUGCCAAAUGAUGUCACCAGCAAACCCUCUGUUCCUGAGCCACCAAGUCCAAAGGAGGAGAUCAACAUCCUAAGUAAGAUACCAGUCAAAAGAAAGCCAAGCAAAGAAUCCAAAAGGCCCAACAUUGCCCAAUAUUUUGAUCAACCAGAAAGCAGUACCAAGAAGAUGGAUGUCUCUAGUUACUCAAAUAUAUCUUCGCCAGAUACAGAGUUUGCCAAAGAAUUAUCAACCAACGCAAACUUCACUAUUCAGUCCUUGAAAGACAAAAAUGACCAAGAAUCCAUAGUAGACAGAGAACAGUUUAAAUCACUGAAGACAUUUUGGGAGAAAGGAGCAGAUGUAUCUGCAGAUGCGCAGAGCAACUCUGAAGCAGAAUUGGCUAUUAAGGGUUCGCCAGAUCAGUCUGUUAAGCCAAAUAAGUUUAUUCCUGUCCAAUCCAACAGAAGACAAACAAGUGACGAGAAGAUAGAGCAUCCACAUAGAGUAAGGCAUGUCUCCCAAAGAGCUCCCGUUGUAUCUUCCAGUGAAGAUGAAGUGAUCCAUGUGCCACAUCCACGAAAGGGUUCAUCUUCCUUGAUCCCAAGAUCGACCUAUGGAAAAAGCAAAGGCUCUCCCAAUUCAAGAACUCUUUCUUUGUCAGAAAAUGGAACAAGUUCACAGAGUGAAGAAAGCAGUGGUGUAACCAGGUCUUCUAAGAGGUCAAAGUUGCCAGUUCGAGCUCCUUCUUUUAACAAAGAAGAGAAAGCUGACUCUCCACCAUCGCAGAGAGUUGACGAGCAAUUGGAUAUUCCUAUGAGUGAGGUGGAAGAAUUUAUUGUGCCAGACAAAAAGCCAGAAGUUAAUGAGUCUCUACACAGCAGAGUCAAAAUUUUGAUAGAUGCUGUUUCCUCUGAUGAAGAACGUGACACUGGGGAUGCAGAGCCAAAAACUAAUGACAAGAUGGAAUCUAUGUCAUCCAAAAAUGCUGGGAGUAUCGAUGAGUAUUCUGAAUCGAUCAGUGAAUCUCAAGCUAGUGUGGUCAGCAAUGCGAAAAGCAUGGUCAAUAUUUAUACAACUUCAGAAACAUAUAACAAGCCUCAGAUCUCAAACCUGCAGCUUCUGGAGCCUGAAAGAUCUAAAGACCUGAGCAAAUCUACACCUACCCUUCUCUCUGAGACUGAAUCUGACACUGCUUCUGAAAUCAGCUUCAAUCUAAAGAGGCACAGAAAGACUCACAGCAUUGGGAGCAACUCUUCUGAUAUGGCAUCUGUGUCCUCUGUGAGUAACAGUGUACUUAGCGUUUACAGUGGUGACUUUGGCAGCGUGGACGCACAAGGGUCCGUUGAAUUUUCUCUAGACUACGAUGAGAAAAAUCGUGAAUUCCAGAUCUUUGUGUCACAAUGUAGAGACCUGGCAGUGGUGGAUGAGAAGAAAGGACGAUCUGACCCAUACGUCAAGACCUAUCUACUCCCAGACAAGGCGAGAAUGGGCAAGAGGAAAACCGCUGUGAAGAGAAAGACUACAAACCCAGUUUACAACGAAGUGUUACGGUACAAAAUUGACAAAAUGGUUUUGCUGAUUCAGAAACUAAAUCUCUCUGUGUGGCACAAUGACCCUCUUGGUAGGAACAGCUUUCUUGGAGAAAUGGAGGUUGAUCUUACCAGCUGGGAUUGGAGUAACACAAAACCCAACUGGUACCCGUUAAAGUCCAGGAGUCUUUCUGCCAUGAAUGGCGUGGAUCACUUAGGUGUUAUGAAUUUGGCAAUAAGAUACGUUCCUCCCGGAAGUCUGGGCCCAAAAGUUCCCAAUACGGGAGAAGUCCACAUAUGGGUUAAAGAUACCAAAGAUUUACCACAAUUGCGACCAUCUGGAGUAGACUCCUUUGUAAAAUGCUAUGUACUACCUGACACAAGUAAAAAGAGCUACCAGAAGACACGUGUCAUUAAAAAGGAUUCAAACCCAAUUUUCAAUCACACAAUUGUAUAUGAUGGAUUCCACACGGAGGACCUGAAGGAUGCAUGUGUUGAACUGACCGUUUGGGAUCAUGAAAAGCUCAGCAAUCAUUUCCUUGGUGGUAUUCGACUUGGAGUUGGUACAGGUUACAGCUAUGGAAUCGCAGUGGAUUGGAUGGAUUCUACUCAAGAAGAAGUGGCUUUUUGGCAAGAAAUGAUGGCCACACCAAACGAGUGGAUUGAGGGAUCAUUUCCAUUGAGGUCAUUGGCUGGAAGAAGGAAGUUCAAAUAAAUCUGUACGAAGCCAAUCCGCCAACUUCAUUUGGUACAGCCAUAUAUUUUAUCUUAUUUUAAAUCUACAAUAGGACUUUAUGAUCAAAGAACAAGAGAAAUUUUAUCUGCAGAUCUUUACUGCCUUUUGCAGCCUCCGUUGCUUUCUAUAUAGUUGGAUAUAUUGCAUUGAGCAUCAUAUUUUGCUUUUGUGUUUUUUCUUGGUUUUUUUUUGUGUGAAUUUUUUUAAUUUGCAGGUACAGGGCCCAUUUAUAAUGCUGAAGCACUUUAUCCAACGAUCCCCUACAAGUAUAAACAUUUAUGGGCAAUUCUUGAAACUCAGGUUUCUGGUAUAAGACUAAUGUUACUGGUAGAAUUCUGUAUUUUCGUUUGGGGAGUUGGCAAAAUAUAAAAUAGAACUUUUUAGAUAUGAAGGUAUCACUGCGCGAAGCAGCUAAAUCACUAAACAAUGAUGUUCUUUGAAAGAGAGAUAGAGUUUUGAUUAGCAUCAAAAUUUAUGCUAUCUCAAACUGGCGAAUUAAAUCAUGAUCAACUGGAUGGAAUGCUGUCAGAAAAAGGACUUCAAAAGCAUUAUCAAGUUGUGUCAGUUAACACAUUUGCCAAAAUUUUAUGAAAAUUAUAUCUUUUUGUUUAGCAAAUAAAUAUAAUAUUUUGCAAAUUCUGACCUUACUCCAAAGCCAUGUUUUUACACCACCUAACAAACAUCAGCUAGAGGAGAGCAUGAACUUGCAUGUGCCAUAUGAGCCAGCAUAUCUAUAUUUGUAAAGGAAGGAAAAGUGGAAUUUUUUAUUUGUUCCCCUACAACCCCCAUCCCGACCCAAAAGGAAAGUCCUGCUGAAAAAUCUAGUUAUGAAGGUGCUCCAAUGCUUUCACUGUAUUGCAAUAAAAUAAAAAUAUGUCCUUUUU